CUUUGUUAAGAAUCUUUAUGGAGAUGUGAUAGGUGAAAUAAAUCGGCAAAGUUUGGAUGGUACUGAUGCAAUAGACUUUGAAAUUCGCAAGAAUCCAACAUCCGAUCUAGUAUUGGGACAAGGGUGGUUGUGGGUAUAUGAAGUAAAGAUGAGCUUUAAAUUAUCUCAUAAAGGAAAUUUUGACCCUCUUGCUAAAAUUGUAAUAGAUGGUAUGAGUAUCCCAUUAAUCGAAAAAGAUUUUAGCAAAGAGAGCUCUAGUAAAAAUGACUUAUCUAGCCAUAAAGUGACUGCUUCCAGCAAUUUCAGAUCCGUUAGGGAUAGCUCUUCUCGUCAUCUAUCUGCAAAAGAUAUUGAAUGUGCAAUUAAAACUGCAAUAGAUCCCCUUUCCACAAAUCCAACAUUGUCACCGAAAA